GGAAACCCAACCCAACCCAACCCAACCCAACAAGCUUCCACAAGCUUCAUCUCCUGCACUUCAAUCGGGUUAUCCAACCACCAUUAAAUCUUCGCAAUCUUUCCUCCUCACCGAAUUCCGAUUUCGAAUUCUUUCCUCUCCUUACCCUCACUAUUUCAUAUUCUCGAUUCCAUUUCCUCCCACAUGUCAAACUACACCGUAGAGUCCUCCACUGUGGAGACCAGUGACGGAGUCAAGCUGCACACCAGAGCCUUCAAACCCAGAGAAGAGAUCAAAGACAACCUGGUGAUUGUUCUUGUCCACCCAUACUCAGUCUUGGGUGGUUGUCAGGCUCUAUUGAAAGGAAUAGCCGCUGGUUUGGCAGAUAAAGGGUACAGCGCUGUGACCUUCGACAUGCGGGGUGUCGGAAGAUCCACGGGGAGGGCUUCUAUUACUGGGUUUGCGGAAAUCAAGGAUGUGAUUGCCGUCUCCAAGUGGGUCACCGAGAAUCUGUCUGCAAAUAGGAUAUUGUUGGUUGGUUCUUCGGCAGGUGCACCAAUUGCAGGUUCUGCAGUUGAUGAAAUUGAGAAAGUUGUGGGCUACGUAAGUCUGGGGUACCCUUUUGGCAUGACAGCCUCAAUUCUUUUUGGGCGCCACCACAAGGCUAUCUUGCAAUCCCAGAAACCAAAACUCUUCGUCAUGGGAACGCGGGAUGGGUUUACCAGUGUGAAGCAGCUGAAUAACAAGCUGAGCUCUGCAGCAGGACGAAAUGAAAUGCAUUUGAUUGAAGGAGUAAGCCAUUUUCAAAUGGAGGGCCCUGCUUACGAUGCUCAGAUGGUGAAUCUUAUCCAUGAAUUUAUAGCAUCAUUGUAAGAAUAGAAGCCAAUUUAUUAGUUCUUACCUAUCGGAAUGGUUCCUGGUAGAACUCCCUGUAAAAUAUGUUUCCAGUGAGCUCCUGGAUUGGACUGUGUGUAUGAUAUUGCAUUACUGAUGUUCAUCUUUGUUUUAUUUGCAGGGAUUAGAUAUUUGGUUUCAUAUCCUGUGCGGCUCUGUCUGAUCACAGUAAAACACUGGAUUCAAGUAAACUUCACAUUAACUAAAAACAGGUUUCUACUUGUGUUGAUCCAAUAGCAACACAAUUGUGUUAUUGUUGGAACAAGACAUGCUAAUGCAACAGAGAAAGAAAGGAUGCAAAUAUUAUGAAAGGGAAAACAUUGUAAGGUUUAUCCAUCGUUAAGAAAAAUAUAUACAAGCAUUCUCCUCGAUUCAAGUUAAGACUUACAUUAAGGCUAAAACUAAUCAACCCACUAAUGAAGAUGACAAGGCAACACCUAUUAGUACAACCUACAUUAAAAUCGAAUAUCAUCAGCCACAUCUUGGUGACCAUCUCUAGCCAUUUUAUUUCCAUCUGAUCUUUGUAUUGUCCUUCUUUCACACAUCUCAUCAAACUGUCGUUUUCUCCAUUCUCGGUCUUUAUCCAGUGAUUGCCCUUGUGAGAAUGGCCGCUCUCCGUAUUGUAUAUCAUCAGCUUCAUCUUGGUGACCAUCCCUAACCAUUUUAUUUUCAUCUGUUUUUUGAGUUGUUCUUCUUUCAAUCACCUCAUCAAACUGUCGUUUUCUCCAUGGUCGGUCUUGGUCCAGUGAUUGCAACUGUGAGAAUGGCUGUUCUCCAUCUGUUUUGAAGCCAAACAAAGAAGAUAACACACUGCAUUUUCUAU